UUUUUUUUUUGUUUCUGUUUUUUCUCAGUUCUUUGGUUUAAAAAUAUAGUUAUCAUCUAAUUAUUUUAUUUUUUAUUUCUUUCAUUAAUUUUUUAUAUACUAAUACUAUAAAAGUUUCAAAUUAAAUUACACAGUAUGCUCUCUUUUUCCAUAUCUUAUUUUUAAUAAUUUUUUUCGUACGUUUAUAUCUUUUAAAAUGAAAAUUACGGUAUCACUUCUGUUAGUAAAUUGCAUCUUGCUCUUGAUCUUCAGGUGCACCUUUGUAUAUCUCUUUCUUGAUCUUUACGUGCUUGAUCUUUGGGUAUUUUUGUUUAAUCUUACGCGCUAUUUGAUCACAUUUCUUUAUUCUCUUUUAUGGUCAAUCUUUAUUUGCUUUAAAAUUAAUAAAUUAAACAAUAAUUAUAAAUAUUAGCCAAUUAAAAUUCAAAAUUGUAGUAAAUCGCGUGUAUUAAUAUGGGUAACUCAAAUAUUACAAAUUUCAUGUUAAACAGAACAAUCCGCUAAUAACAACUUAGACUCAUUAAAAAACUACUGUAUACUUAAAAUAUUUUUUUUGAAAUA